UUCCAUAAACAGAAUAUUUCAAAUCUAUAUAAAUGCAAGAAGAUCAAACAGGUUUCUUCAGCAAUAUUUAUUAGGAAUUUCUUAAAUAUCUACAGAAAACAAAGUAAUGGCUCUGGUCGGAAAGUUAGAAGGCGAUGUGGAGAUCAAAGCUCCGGCAGAGCUAUUCCAUAAUGUUUUUAGUUGCAGACCACACCAUGUUAACAUUAUGAGCCCUGACAAUGUACAAAGUGUUGAUCUUCAUGAAGGUGAAUGGGGUAAGCAUGGUAGCACCAUCUGCUGGAAUUACACUCAUGAUGGAGAGACCAAAUAUGCAAAGGAGAUUAUUGAAGAGAUAGAUGAUGUGAACUUGUCAACAACUUUCAAAGUGAUCGAAGGAGAUCUGCUGAAGGAAUACAAGGAAUUCAGGUUUAUAGUUAAAGCUACACCAAAGGAAGGGGGAGGCAGCUUGGUGCACUGGACAUUGGCUUAUGAGAAGUUGCAUGAGGCUAUUUCUGAUCCUCAAUCAUUGCUCGAUCUCGGUCUCCUUACCAGCACGCAUGUUUGCUCUCACCUCACCCAAAAUGAAGUAGCCCAACCCAAUUAAAAAGUGACCGUAAUUACCAUCAAUUUUUACGGUCUUCAUUUUAAAUAUACCAGAAUUUCUUAUCUAAACCGGACUAAUAAAUGAUAUAUGGACCUAAUUAAUUAAAUAUAUAUAUAUAUAUAUAUAUAUAUAUAUAUAUAUAUAUAUGUGUGUGUGUGUGUGUAUUUUACCUAGUGUGUGUUAUUGUGUAUUUUACCUAGGGUGUGUGAACUCGAGUAAAUCUCAAGGCUCAAACUAGAUGAAUUUGUUACUAGUAUGGGUAAACUCGGGCUAAGUAUCUCGGGGCUCAUAACUAGCUCUAUUUGUACGUACGUUUAUGUGUUUGUUCAUAUGAUACAAUGGAUAUAAGAAUCAAUACAAGUAAUAAGUACUUGUACUAGAUCAUCAGGAUUUAACAAUCAAGGAUUAAGGUUUCAUUUGGAGACUUGUA